CCGAAGGCGCUCAGGCAAGAGACAAUAGCGAAGAAAGCAAACAGUUAACUUCCCGUCAAUCAGAUGUUACUUCUAAAGAAAUGAUUUCAGGAUAUGAUCAGAAUACUAUAGAUGAGAUAGAGCCUCAAAGCUCUGUUUCCUCGAAUAAUAUUAAUCUGGCAUCGAAGUUAAAUGAGAAGGAGGAUAAAACUCGAACGCUGAUUCCUAGGACUGAUCCAAAUAAGAUGGAAUGUCUUUAUCAAUAUGCCGUUGAACAUGGUCUCGAUCCAGAGAAAUUUUCGAUUGUUACGGAAGCUGAGAAGAAAAAAUGGGACCGUGAACAGUUCCUAACUGCCUUGGAAAAUGAUAAGAAAUUAUAUCGUAAAGUAAUAGAGAGAAAGAGAGAUGAUCCCCUUAUGAUCGAUCCUAGAAAAUAUUAUCCAUUUCUAACAGAUCGCGAUAGAUUGAUUGGUGAAGAGCUGAUGCGACGUAGUAUGAUAGAGCGCCGUUUUAAAACUGGAUGGUUCGAUGAUAAUAUAAAAAAAUGGGAAGAUACUCAUACCCAGUUUAUUGAAAUCUUUGCCCGUUAG